AAAAGAAUUAUGAGAAUUGAUAUAAUAAAAUUCAUUUUCUUCUGGCUUUGCUUCACUUCCUUUACCAGGAUUGUUACCGGAGGAAGAGCCGGCGCAGGAGGAGGAGGAGGAGGAGGAAAAACUGGUGGACAAAAAGGAGUUGUACCGACGAAACAGGGCUCCGGCACUUUCAACGUCAAGAGCUACGGCGCUAAAGGCGAUGGACGAAACGACGACAGCAAAGCCUUCACGGCGGCAUGGAAAGCAGCAUGUGGAUCUUCAGGUUCAGUGAAGCUUUACAUACCAAAAGGGACCUUCUUACUCGGUCCAGUUAAAUUCGUUGGUCCUUGCAAGACCAUUGAUUCCAUUACCGUUCAAAUGCAGGGUUUCUUGAAGGCAACCACAGAUCUGAACAGGUAUGGUUCUUCGGAUGAUUGGAUCGAGUUUGGAUGGGUGGAAGGAUUAACAUUGACCGGAGGUGGCACCUUUGAUGGCCAAGGCGCUGCGUCCUGGCCUUUCAAUAAAUGCCCUACCAAUUCCAAGUGCAAAGUUCUUCCAACCAAUGUGAAGUUUGUUCAGAUGACGAACACAAUAGUGAAAAGCAUAACCUCCUUAAAUAGUAAGUUCUUCCACAUUGCGGUGCUUGACUGCAAGAACUUCAAAGGGAGUGGGAUCAGGAUCUCUGCACCAGGAAACAGCCCUAACACAGACGGCAUUCACUUGGAGCGAAACAGCGAUGUUACGAUCUCUGAUUCCGUAAUUGGGACCGGCGACGAUUGCAUCUCCAUCGGACAAGGCAAUUCCAAUGUCCACAUCAAGAGUGUUAGCUGUGGACCUGGUCACGGCAUCAGUGUUGGAAGCUUGGGAAGAUAUGAGGAUGAAGGGGAUGUGACUGGUCUUCUUGUUAGUGAUUGUACACUUAGUGGAACGAUGAAUGGAAUUAGGAUCAAGACAUGGGCAAACUCACCAGACACUAGUGUGGCUUCCAACAUGACCUUUGAGGACAUUGUUAUGAACAAUGUGGCUAAUCCCAUCCUCAUCGACCAGACCUAUUGUCCUUACACCAGCUGUGUUUCUAUGGCACCAUCACGAGUGAAGUUACGUGACUUGUACUUCAAGAACAUACGAGGAACGUCGUCUUCGCCGGUGGCUGUGACACUGGAGUGUAGCAAAGGUGUGCCAUGUAAGAACGUAAACCUUGAAGAUGUUCACUUGGAUCUUGCAAGAGGAGGAACCAUAGCUAAGUCAUCGUGUCUCCAUGUCAAUGUCAAAUAUGCUGGAACCCAAAUUCCUCCACCAUGUUCCCCGAAUUCCAAUAUUCCUGAAUGA